AAAAAAAAAUAGGAAUUUGGAAACGCAAAUCCUAGUGUAUAAAAUAUUAUUUUUAUCUUGUUAAAAGAAAGCAUUCAUCACAAUUGAGUGAUUUUAGUUAUUAAUUUAGAAAUGGCUACGCGUGGUGAAAGAGGGGUUUCGAGAGUAAGAGAUAAAUUAGAAGCAUCUGUGAACUCUGGUCAAUACUAUGAAGCACAUCAGAUGUAUCGAACUUUGUAUUUUAGGUAUUUAGGUUUAAACAAAUAUCCUGACCUCUUGGACUUACUAUACAAUGGUGCGACACUGCUGCUUCAACGUGAUCAACAGGGCAGCGGUGCUGACCUGGCUGUACUACUUAUCGACGUGUUAAAUAAAUCCGAAACCAAGCCCUGCCCAGAGUGGAUUGAAAAGAUUGCAAAGUUGUUUGAAAUCAUGAGUCCCAGUAUACCAGAGAGAGAGGCUUUUCUCGCUUUGUCAGUAAAAUGGUCAAUGGAUAGCAAUAGAAAAGGACACCCACUACUUCACAAGAAAAUAGCUGAAAUAUAUUGGAAGGAAAAGAAAUUUUCUGCUGCGCACAGACAUUUCUUACAUUCGAGUGAUGGUGCAACUUACGCCACCAUGUUAAUAGAACUGCACACAACACAGGGACUUAAGUCAGAAAUUGAUCUGUUCAUAACUCAGGCUGUUCUACAAUGCCUGUGCUUGCGGAACAUUCAGAUGGCCACAGAUGCAUUCAAUAAGUAUACUGCCUCACAUCCUACAAUAAAAAAUGACAAAGGACCUCCAUAUCUAUUUCCUCUGCUUAACUUCUUAUGGUUCCUUCUGAAAGCAAUAGAACAGAAACAUACUGUUCAAUUUAAAAUAUUGAGGAACUGUUAUGCAAUAAGUAUCAAGAGAGAUCCAAAUUAUUCUGUGUACUUGGACACAAUUGGCCGCAUCUGGUUCGGAAUUGAAAUACCUCAAGGAAAUAAAAACUCAAACUCGCUGUUAGGAGGACUUCUCAACUCUCUGAUUGGAAAUCUUGAUACUUCUGACGAUGAAGACACUGUCGAACAUCGCUCCACAGCACCUGAAUUGGAUUAAUAGUUUUCAAGUGUGCUAUACAAAAAGUAACAUAUCAGCGAAAGCUGUUGUGGUUGGUUUGGGGUGACUAGCUUAGUGAUAAAGUUGUCCUAAUAUUAAGUCAAGGCGAUAUUAACCAUCUUCCUCCUUUUGUAGAUAAAAAUACUAAUACAGGCUAUAUUACACUUAACAUUUAAAAUGCUAUCACUAAAGAGAGUCACCUGAAUCAUUUGGUCUUAACUAUAAAUGGAAUGAUGUACAUUUACCUUAUUUGUAAAAAUGCAUAACUUUACUUAAAUGGUAACAAUAAAAGUAAACAACAUAUUCGAUAAUAGAAACUU